UCGCAAAUUCCACGCGUAGUCAUCAUAUACAUAUGAACCCUACGUUUUCGUUAACUAAUCAACCUCGCUUGUACGGUUAAGUCUUCACAUUUUUAAUGCAUACCCAUACGUACUUAAGUACUUCGAAUUUUUCAAUAUUCCUUUAAACAAAAUUACACUACAAUCAUCAGGAAUAAUAUCCUUAACUGCAAUCUUUUUCUUCUUUCCUUAAUUCCUAAUUAAAUUAAAGUGUAAUAUUAAUUUAAAACAGCUGCAGAAUUGACCUUAAUAUGUCAAAAUUCAAUCCGUACAGCCAUCUCCACGUCACUCGAAACCCAGACGGGACCCUAACCCGGCUCGACAGCCCCACCGUCGAAUCACAUCCGAAUCCCCUGCCGGGAGAGGCGGUGGUGUCCAAGGACGUGACCAUCAACAGCGAUACCCAGACGUGGGUCCGGCUCUACCGCCCAACGAGGCUUCCGUCAAACGACAACGCCGUCGCCCGGCUGCCGAUCGUGAUCUACUUCCAUCACGGAGGCUGGAUUCUCCUGACCGCCGCGGACACCGCCGCCCACCGGAACUGCUCGCAGAUAUCCAGUGAGAUCCCGGCGAUCGUGGUUUCCGUCAACUACCGGUUAGCCCCCGAGAGCCGUCUCCCAUCGCAGUACCUUGAAGGCUCCGACGCUGUCUGCUGGGUCAACCGCCAGGCGUCCGACCCGGAAGGAGAGCCGUGGCUCAAAGACUACGGCGACUUCUCUCGGUGCUACCUCUACGGGUGCGGGUGCGGGGGCAAUAUCGUCUUUUUCGUGGGGCUAAAAGUGAAGGAGCUGGACUUACAGACGCUGAAAGUGGCGGGGAUCGUAAUGAACCAGCCCAUGUUCGGAGGUGUUGAGAGAACGGAGUCGGAGCUGAAUUUCGCGACGGAUCAGCUAUUGCCAUUGUCGGUUUUAGAUCUGAUGUGGGACCUGGUUUUGCCGAGAGACGUUGACCGGGACCACUGGUAUUGUAAUCCAAUGGCGGACGAUGCUCAUAAGGAGAUGAUUAAACAGCUGGGGAGGUGUCUUGUGAUUGGAUUUGGCGAAGACCCCAUGGUCGAUCGGCAGCACCAGUUGGUGACGUUGUUGGUAACGUGCGGUGUCCAGGUUGACGCACAUUUUGACGAUGCGGGAUUCCAUAAUGUUGAUUUCGUUGACCGCCGCCGGGCUGCGGCUGUUCUCAGCAUCGUUAAAGGCUUUAUUUUCUAAUUAAUAAUCAUCUUCUUCAUCAAAUAUAAUUAAUUCUUGUGAUUAGCUCUUGUUAUGUUAUAAUAGAUUUCAUUGUUCUUUCUAUAUAAAUUUCUGGGAAAGAACACGAAACUGGUUAGUUAUAUACAUAUCAUAAUUAGUACAUAACUUAUUUAUAUAUAUAUAUGUAUUUAUUCUUAAAUUUUGACCAGCGUGCAU